AUACCACCCCUGCGGAGCCGAGUCAUUUCGGAGUAGAUAAUUGCCAAUGAUUCCCACGCCACCGGCGACUUCCCAGUGGCCCGUGCAUGGUCAACUUGGCAUCUGGCAACACAACGAGCAUCUUACAGCCCAGACAUCCAACUCCCGAGGCGAACAGACAAUGGCGUCCGAGCACAAGAUCGGGUCCAAGAGCAAGGAGGUUGGCUGGUACGACCCGCCAACCAACGCCGCUGCUGCGGCGAGCGGGCCGGUCCGGGAUUUGCUCGAGAAUUACAGCCAUUACCAGCCGGACGAGGUCAUCCCCAAGAUCAUCGAGACGGUCAGUCCGAACUGCUCCUUUGUGCCUCCUCGUAAUCUUCCUUCCCCGAGUGCCAAGCUCGCUAACUCACCGGAUUACCAUAUCCAGCGCGACAAAAUCUGGGACGUCUUCCCCUGGCCGUGCGUGGGCCAGUUCCGCUUCCUGGACCUGUCGCUCAGCCGGCACCCGAUGUACGGCCGCAUCCUGGAGCGCAUCCGGGACGGCGGGGAGCAAUUCCUGGACGUCGGGUGCUGCUUCGCGCAGGACAUCCGCAAGCUGGUGCACGACGGGGCGCCGGCGGCGAACCUGUGGGGGCUCGAGAAGCAGGCCGAGUUCAUCACGCUGGCGUUCGACUUCUUCCGCGACGCCGACCGGCUGGCGGCCGACCACUUCAUCCACGCGGACCUGCUGGACCGGGAGCACCCGCAGGCGCGCGCGCUCGAGGGCAACGUCGACAUCGUGCAGCUGGGCAUGAUCCUGCACGUGUGGGACCGCGCGGGCCAGGUCGAGGCGUGCCGCCGCGUCGUCGAGCUGCUGCGCCCGCGGCCGGGCUCGCUCGUCAUCGGCCAGAGCGUCGGCCACCUCGACGGCGUCGAGAUGGCCGGCGCGGGCGGCAAGCGCAUCUUUAAGCAAAACGCCGAGACUUUCGCGGCCAUGUGGGAGGAGGUCGGGCGCCUGACGGGCACCAAGUGGCAAGUCCACGCCAGCCUGGACGAGGGCUUGGGCAUUGCGCAGCAGCAGCGCCAGUGGGACGAUCCGAGGACCCGGCGGCUGUCGUUUGUCGUCGAGAGGCUGUAAAACGCAUUCUCAAAGAGUGAAAAAUCGCUAGAAUUGAUUACUUUGAUUAUUCUCGUACAUUUGUGCCAACUUGCAAUUGGGUGACAAAAUUUGCAGAAGAGCGUUUCCAAAGGCGAGGCGAAGCGUCCAAAGGAUAGGCCAUGGGCAAGAACACCAUGGUUUGGGCCCGGUGAUGGUUUGGUUUGAAAGUUGG